UAAUAAAAAUGUUUUUGUUGCAAUAAUAAUAUACGGAUAUUAAUUAAAAAUAAGAUAUUUGUUAGUUUAAAUAUGGAAAAUAUAAAAUUGGAAUGGUAUGAUUUAAUUGAUUUAUUUAGUCGUUGGGUCGUUUGUAAGGAUGCACCGGUAGAUCGAGUCGGUACGGAGAAGGUGGCGGCGAUAGCGGCGUCGUCGAGGAAGAGAGCGGCGAGCGUCCGGUCAGGAGUCGGGGCGGGUAGCGCCGGCGCGUCGGAACGCCGCUUCCAUCGGCACACAACCGUCGGGUCGGCAGCUUGGACCGACGGCAGGCACGAUCACCGUCAGCCGCCAGCCAGUGUAGUACCGGCCGUCGUAGUGUCGUGAGUGCACUUCCCGAACACCCAAAACUUGAUCUGCUGCUCCACUCUUGCUCUUUGCUCUUUGCUCUUGUUCUUGCUCUAUCUGUCGAUUAGCGCGAUCGGUCCCUUUCGCACGCUGUCCAAAGGCACAAGCACCGACACCAACACCGACCGCCACCUCGACCGGACUCCACGCCACCAUGUGUGUCCUCGCGCCGAGACGGACCCACGGCGACGUCCCCGGCGUCGUGUGCUGAUCGCCCGUGCCCCGGGUUCUUUGGCGUCUACCACUCGAUCCGUAAUAAUCGUUGCUGUGUUCUUAUGUUGGUCGUGUGCUCGUUUCGCGGUUGAUACUGUGCGGCUCCGGGCAAAAUGGGCCGAAAGACCGGGGGUUCACCCUCGGGUUGACAAUUCUGUGCGGGGCUCCGUAGAACGGCAAUGGCCAGCGGUCUGCCCCUCGCGGUUUGGACCACCCUGCUGUGGCUCGCCUCAGCUACUGGCUUAGAUCCUACCGGUCUGUUCCAAUCGGGCGCAUUUGGCGCCACGAGUCAAUCCAUAGACCUUUUGGCGGCCCUUGGAUUACACAACAGCACUUGGGCAGGAGUCACAUUAGCUCCUGGGCAACCUCAAUUGCGACCGGUCUAUGAUUUACAAGGUGAUUUACGAGACCUAAGACUGCCGGCGAUAGCCUUACAACAAGUCUCUGAACUGCUACGGCGCAGUCCAGAAUUUACAAUUGCAGCCUGGCUUCGACAAGAAGUAGGCAAUACGGGUACCAUCGUGGCAAUCUCCCACGGCGUUAAUAGGUACCUAGAGGUACAGUCUAGCGGUCGCAAGAACGAAAUAAGACUACACUACACAUCCAGAUUGGACUCGAAGGUGUACGUGGAGGCGUUCCCGUUCAAACUGGCGGAUAAUGUCUGGCACCAGGUCGCAGUGAGCGUAAGCGGUUCGCAGGUGGAGCUCAUCGUCGACUGUCAUCCUCUCUACAAGAGACUCAUGCGACCGGGAGCGCCCGACAGGAACCUCACGAUGGCACACCAAAUUUGGCUGGGCCAGAGGAACCAACAUUUCCACUUUAAGGGUGCUAUGCAGGACGUGCGGCUGAUCGGAGGACCCCACGGCUACCUGAGUCAGUGUCCCCGGCUGGAUUCUUCGUGUCCGACCUGCGGCCAGUUCUCCCUGCUGCAGAACACCGUGCAGGAGCUGACACGGCAUCUUCAGGAGCUUUCCGAAAGGUUAGUAGCCGCCGAGGGCCGGAUCACAGCGCUCGAGGACUGCGACUGCCAGAAGUCCUGCCACCAUCCGGACGACGGGACCAUCCACGCGGACGGCGCCACCUGGCAGAGGAACUGCGACCUCUGCUCCUGUGUGCAUGGAAAAAUCGAGUGUCAUCCAGUGGAAUGUCCUGAAGUACACUGCAAACAUCCUGUGAAACUAAAGGAAGAGUGCUGUCAUAGUUGUUUAAAGCACUGUUUCUUGAAUGGACAGUUCUUCGACCACGGUGAAGUGGUGACGGUGAAGAAGUGCGUGGAGUGCGAGUGCAAGGACGGCUUCAUGGGCUGCAACCGCAUCGAUCCGAAGAAGGCGUGCCCGAAGCUGAAUUGUCCGCCGGAGAAGCAGUUCAGCGAACCGGAUAGCUGCUGCAAGUUCUGCCCAGGUGUUGACUAUUGUGCGAAAGGUCAUUUUUGCCAUGAUAAUGCUACUUGCCGCAACUUACAAACAACUUACGCUUGUCAGUGUAAUGAAGGCUUCCAUGGGGAUGGAAAAAUCAUUUGUUCUGAUAUCGACGAAUGUAAACAAGAGGGAGGCUUAGAAGGUCACCACUGCAACCACAACACGCGUUGCGUCAAUACUCCAGGUUCCUACAAGUGCGAGUGUCUUGAAGGCUACCGACCGGUCGACAAGUUCAACUGCGUGGAAGAAGACGAAUGUAGCACCAGCAAACAUCGUUGCGACGAGAACGCCGACUGCAUCAAUACUCAAGGCAGCUACCACUGUGUCUGCAAAGAAGGAUAUCAAGGAGACGGAUACACUUGUCAAGCUGUUUGCAAUCAGACUUGUUUGAACGGUGGCAUUUGCACGUCGCCAGGAAAAUGUCGAUGUCCCAACGGCUACACCGGAAAGAGUUGCGAAUGGGACGUAGAUGAAUGCAAAUUGAAUCUACAUAGAUGUACAGAUAUUUCAGAGUGUGUCAAUUUGAUGGGCUGGUACUAUUGCAAGUGCAAGGAAGGUUACCAAAGCAGAAUUUCCACUACUAAUUUAGGAACAUUAUGUGAAGAUAUUAAUGAGUGCAAAGACAAUCUCCACACGUGUCACCCGAGCGCGCAGUGCGUAAACACAAACGGACACUACAGGUGCGAGUGUAAAGCGGCGUCGUCUAAUACCAGUCUCGCCGCCCAGCCUCCGUCGGACUGUCGCCUUAGCUGUGUAUACGGAGGCGUUGAGGUGGCGGACGGGGCGAGGAUCUCGCCGCCUCUGGGCGCGAACGGGGUGGGAAAGUGCGAGGAGUGUGUGUGCGAACGGGGCGUGAUGCAAUGCGAGAAGCCGGCUUGCGAUUGCAGUGCCCCAGGAGCGUCGGAAGACGAAUGCUGUCCGCAGUGCAUCGAACGGUACUCGUGCAAGCAUCAGGAGAUAAAGGACGUGGUUCUCAGCCACGGUCAACAAUGGUCCUAUCAAUGUCAAACUUGCGAGUGCGAGUAUGGAGAGGUGGACUGCUGGGAUAUGAAGUGUCCCCCGUUGCUCUGCAGCAAUCCAGUAACGUCACCGGGCGAUUGUUGUCCACAUUGCGGUGAUCCUUGUCCGUUGGUGAACGUGACAGGGUCCGGACAACAGUGCGUCUACAUGGAUCGCAUGUACGAAUCGGGCGCCCAGUUCACCGACCCGAACGACACGUGCGUUACGUGCAACUGUAAGGACGGAGCGCUUUGCUGCAGUUAUACUAACUAUUGCGGUGACGAUCAACAGCCAGUUGGAUUUGAUGGAGUGGUGGCCAACGCAUCGCCCGCCGCCACCGGAAGACCACCAUCAUCCCAGCAGUCCGGCCGCCAGUACACUCAAAGAAAUCCUACAACUCCUGCAGGUGGUCGAGUGGCUGUUGGCGGUGAGCACCGCGUCGGCCCGACUCAGGAGGCGGCGCAGGCCGGCUGAGCCGCCCCAGCUCGACGCACCCGGUCUCUACAUUCCUGGACGCUGUCGCGCAGCCGCCCCAGCGUCGCCGCAGCUUCGCCUAUCUCCUAAAAAAACCACGCAACGAGUGUGUGUGUUCGCUCCACAAAAUUAAUUGUACGGCUGUAAGGCUUCUUAUGACAUUCUACGUGUAUCACUUCAAGUAACAUAUUAUAUGUAAUGUUUUAAACGACAGCAAGUGCUGCUAGGACGAACCGCUGGUGUCUUCCUAGGUAGUUUCCGAAUUUAGGCCAAUGGCACAGUUGGCGGCUCCUGUUCGUUGGUGGGUUAUGCUCAAUAUUCUCUAUUUGGUCAAUUAAGUUUUACGGACAAUUUCAAAAUGCAUGUCUAACAUUUUUAUAUUACUUCAGUCAUCAUUAUUGGGGUUAAAUCCACUAAAACUGCCUAAUUAGAGAUUUACUGACACUUAUAAUUUAACUGACUGUUCUGAAUGUAUUUUAUCAUGUGCCUUGAAAUUGUCCAUGAUUACUGACGGUUUUUUAACAAUUUAUAGAAUUCUGAACCACACAUUAUGCCACUUUAACCAUCUCCUAUUUGUUUUCGUUUAUUUUAUAUAAAAUUAAGAUAUUUUUACGCCAUUAAAGAGCAAGCUUAAAGUAAGCAUAUGUGCCUCUUUACAUGAGAAAAUUAUGGUAGUGUAUGGUGUGGUUCGUUAUACCUGUAGAACAGGAAUCGCUAGAUCGCCUAUAUGUGUCUGUCUGUUACGGCUGAAUAAUAUUACUGUUCACAAUUUAUCAUUGUUGUACAAGGUUGUUUAAAGUUUUACAGAAACAAUAGUUUAUAAUAAGGUACGAGUACAUUACAAUUUAAUAAGAAUAAUAAUAAUUACAAUAUUAAUAAAUAUUUCUGGCGACUUCUAUUCAUUCUGCAUGAUCUAACUAUAUAGUAUAAAAAUAAAUGUGGUCAAAUUUUAUAAUCUGCCUUAAAAUUGGUAAAUUCUAAAACCAUGGGGCUACUAAAAAAAUUUCGAGCGUGUAUAUAAUAAAAUGGAAUUUGUAUAUAUGGUUAGUUGACAAGCUGAGACACUCAAUCAUUCUACUAUAAAAGAUAUUUUGAUAUCAACCAAAAAUGGGACAACAUGUUUUCUAUUGGAGUAAUAUAGUAAAGCUUAUUAAACUACAGACAUGUGUAUAAUUAAGGUUUUGUUAAAUUAGUGUAUCAGCAAUAUAGGAAAAUACACUUUUCAAUAAUCGAACAUUUUAGAUCCUUUUGCCUUAAUGUUUUGAAAAUUACACUUUCCUGAGUAAUUUCUUAUAAAAACACUGCCAUUUGAUACACUGAAGUUGUGCUUAUUAAAUUUGGUAAUGGUUGUUAGUAUUAUAAAUAUAAUUACUCGAAAAUGUGUAAAUUUAAUUAAAAAUAAUAUAUGCUUAGAACAUAGAUCGAUUUUGAAAAGGUAUUAAAAUCUCGAUUCAUAUUGAAUUAAUUAGCGAAGAUAAUAAGACGAAUCAACUGCGCGAUGUCUCUAACAAUAAAAUAGAAUGCGCAAUUUUUAAAGCGCAGUUUUUAUUCUAGAAAACCUUAAUGCUUAAACCUAAAAUAGUAUAUGAUGUUUUCAUUACGUAACAACUUGUAUAUACUUUGAGGCUAUAUACAAAAAUUGUGCAGUUAGAGAACGAUUUUCUGUUAAAACGAUAAUUCUGAAGUCGACCUCUAACAUAUUAAUAUUCUAAAGAUCACCAAAUGACAAUAAAAAAGGGAACUAUUCAGUAUAAGAAUCAAAUAUACGCCAGAUACUGCUGCUGUGUUUUCUAGCAUUUUUCCUGAUUUGUUUUCAAUAAUAUCUGCAGUAUCUGGUCUUGAACCGUGAACACUACAAUCAGUGCAAGCAUUGGAUUUAAUCACUUUAUGAGAAUUGAUUGCUAUUAAUACAAUUGACCAUUGUGAUUUAGGGCAGAAACAAGAAGCUUGUGUCACUCAAACACAUUACAACGAAUAUUUACAUCGGACAUUUUUUAAUCAGGCAUAUGUUGGAUUGUAUCAAUAUUGUUGUAAUACGCAUAUUUCAUGAAUUAUGUAUAUUAGUGUAAUAUUUGUAUGAAUAAGAAUAUGUCGGAAACUCUAAUUUUCAAAUUUGCAUGACCUUUUUAUCUUCUGUGAGAAGACUUUAAAGAACUGUAAAUAAAUCAUUAAAAACGCAUAUAAAUUAAAUCCAACGAAUUUUUUUUUUUUUUAAUUUACACUUGACGAUAUUUAUAUGUAUACUAGCUUAACACUUAAUUUUGCAUGGAUGUAUUUGUAUAAAAUAUUUUCUGUUUUGUGGAUUGUAAACAUGUUUUGCUGGGUUCAGUGUUAAGUAAUCUAUCGAAACAAUUUUCGAAAAGGUUUCAGCAAAAUGUCUUAUCAAUCCGAAAAAUAUGUAGAUAUAUAGAGACCGUGGCCUUUCAUGUUUGAUUAUUAUUAAUAGAAGAAACUUUUAUACUAUUUGCCUACAGUAUAUAUGAUAAAAUCUAUCUUAGAUAAUAUAUGUUUAUUUGCUACUUUUUUACAUUUUAAGCGGAAAUUACAAAAAUUAAAUGUUGUUCCCAGUUUAUGGGAUUUUUCUACUAAAAAUUGCAGAUCGUAGCUCCAAUAGCUAACAUUUAAAUUUAUGAUGAUAAGAUGUAUAGUGAACAUAGAUAUGUAUGUAGAUAAAUGUUAUUUUGGUAGUCCAUGGGAAAAUUAAUACAGUCCUGCAAAAUAUUUACUCAUAUAAUUUUAUUCUAGAAUAUAAUAAAUGUUUUUUUGUCUCAUCUAGGUCCAGUUAAAAUAUAUAGGGGCUUUAGAGCGUCACAAAAUUUAUUGUGCUAUUUUCCUCUCCACUAUCUUGCUUUUCGUUGUUGAUUACUGGGCCUAGAAAUGUAUUAAUAAUGCUAAAUUAAAGACUGACAGUCUGAUAUUAAACAAAAUAUUUUGCAGCGACCCGAAAAUUUUUUAGAACAACUUUCUAGUCAAAAUAGAGCUUGCCCUGCAGGCUUAAAGUUUGGAGAACUAAAAUUAGUAAACAAAAAAAAAAAACAAAAGCAUAUCUAGCUAUUUUAAAUUAUUGCAAUAUUUAAAUUGUGAUAUUGUUGAAUGAGACUAAUAAAAUAAUUUUAACAUUAUUAUAUAAUUAGUUCCUCUGUGCUGUGUGUGCAGCAUCUAAUGAAUUAAAGUUCUAUGUACGUAGCACAAAUUAUAUGCAAAAAUAAUAAUCAAAAACACCAGAUUUUAUAGUGUAAUACUCUGAAAUGUAAAUUGCAAUUUACUUAAACCUCGCGCCACCCAGUCGAAAGUACCAAAAUUAACCAUUUAAUCACAGCUUCCUGUAGAACAGUCGUCGUUCCCUCGUAGAUGGCGCACCGAGUGUCGAAUUCAAAUACGAAUUAAAAUUUGAGUAAAUCGCAUUUUGCGCUAACAACAAAUUAUUUUGUUUGAAUUAGAUGUAUUUAUGUACAAGAGAAAUAUUUUAUCGGAAUUGAACGGCACCUUGGACUUUAAAAAAAUGUUGCGUUCUUAAAACAGAAUAAAUAAUAUCAAUUUUGUGUUAGUUUUAUAUGAUAAAUCAUUUGUAUAUAUUUAUAUUUUUCUGAAAAGGUCCGUUGAACUCCUGAAAUAGUUUUAGCAUGUACAAAAUUUGUAAUGAUUAUUGUUUCCCAUGCUCAUGAAUAUUCGCAGUGCAGUAUUUUAAUAUUUUUUUUUUACAUACUUGUACAUAACUGAAUUGAUCGCUACUGUUAGAGUAAAAUAGUUGCUAAAUUUGCAGAUAGAGCACAUUAUCUUAUUGUCACACAUCAGUAUUUUUACUUUUCGUUGUUAAAAAAUGUUCAUUUUUAUAUUUUGAUUGACGAUGGUUAUGUGCGAAUUGAAAAACACCAUGACAUUCUAUUACCCUCUAUACAACAUAUUGUUGUUUUGAAUUUUAUUUUAUUUUCUUUAUGGUAGGUUUUAUUGCGAUAGGAAUAACAUAAUUUAUGUACAUUUUGAGAUUUAUAUUUAUUUACAUUUUAUUAUAUUAUUGUACAAACAUUGCCGUAAUCCUUUUGUUGUAAAAAUGUGUGCCAAUCAUUAUUACAAAUAAAUAUUAAUAAACAUUUUUUGUUUAAUUUCCAUAACUGAUUUUAAAUAAAAUACAAUUAUCGCUUUUUAGUUGAUUUUUAUUGGCUUUUUAUUAAAUAUAACAUAUUAAUAUUAACUCUAGACAAAAAAUUUACUUAAGAUAAAAUAGCGAAUAAAUAGAGAAUUAUGAAUAGGCAAAGCGGCAAGCUAUGAUAGACCAUAAAUUCCUAUGGCCGAUGUAAAGAUAUGUACAAAAAAUUAUCUCAGGUUAACCUGGUCGUUGUUCGAGGAAGUCUUUCUUCUUUGUAGUCUGUUAAAUGGCAUUUAACCGUGUCUUGUUCCCUUGUUCUAAUAUGAAACGUCACCCCUCUUCAUAUGUAAAAAAUCGGUUGGAAUACAAAAAAUCUGUUCUUUUCAAAAACAAAAAUUAAUAAUUAAAGUCGUAAAUAUGCGCCCUCAAGCAUGAUUAUUUCUAACGCGAUUAGCCAGGGUUAUUCUAACAGUCUUAACCAAAGGAUCAAGUGGGGAAUGAUUGAUUGUCAAUCAUUCUCCGAUAAUAUUUUAGAAUUUCAAGAGUUGUGAAAAGAACUUGAUUAAGAAAGUUACAAUAUAUAAAUAUAUAUUUUUUUUAAUUAGGAAAUUAAGCCAUGGUGAGGGUUCCUGCACC